UGGGUCAACAUGGUCCCCUGCUUCCUCCUGUCUCUGCUGCUACUUGUGAGGCCUGCGCCUGUGGUGGCCUACUCUGUGUCCCUCCCGGCCUCCUUCCUGGAGGAAGUGGCGGGCAGUGGGGAAGCUGAGGGCUCUUCAGCCUCUUCCCCAAGCCUGCUGCCGCCCCGGACUCCAGCCUUCAGUCCCACACCAGGGAGGACCCAGCCCACUGCUCCGGUCGGCCCUGUGCCACCCACCAACCUCCUGGAUGGGAUCAUGGACUUCUUCCGCCAGUAUGUGAUGCUCAUUGCGGUGGUGGGCUCGCUGACCUUUCUCAUCAUGUUCAUAGUCUGCGCGGCACUCAUCACGCGCCAGAAGCACAAGGCCACAGCCUACUAUCCGUCCUCUUUCCCCGAAAAGAAGUAUGUGGACCAGAGAGACCGGGCUGGGGGGCCCCGUGCCUUCAGCGAGGUCCCUGACAGGGCACCUGACAGCCGGCAGGAAGAGGGCAUGGACUCCUCCCAGCAGCUCCAGGCUGACAUUCUGGCUGCUACUCAGAACCUCCGGUCUCCAGCUAGAGCCCUGCCAGGCAGUGGGGAGGGAACAAAACAGGUGAGGGGUGGGUCGGAGGAGGAGGAGGAGAAGAAGGAGAAGGAGGUGUUCAGUGGCCAGGAGGAGCCCCGGGAAGCUCCGGUAUGUGGGGUCACUGAAGAGAAGCCGGAAGUCCCAGACGAGUCAGCCUCAGCAGAGGCUGAAGGGGUUCCCGCAGCCAGCGAGAGCCAAGGGGAACCAGAAGGGUCUUUCUCCUUAGCCCAGGAACCCCAGGGAGCAGCUGGUCCUUCCGAAAGGUCCUGUGCCUGCAACAGAGUCUCCCCUAGUGUGUAACAGGCCCCAGAACUGUGAGGCCUGACUGUUGGGUCCUGCUUGGUCAAGAAAGGCAUUCAGCUUUGACUGCUUCUUGACACCCUGCCUUGGCCAUUGUGGGUGCCAAUCCUAACCCUGAAUGGGCAGAGCUGUUGGCCUCUGGUGUACCCCAGGAAACACCACCCCAAGUUCCAGCGCCCUUAAUGACUCUCACCAUCCUGGGGGCUUCACCCCGAAGCACCACUUCUCUGGAAGGGGAAGGUCAGACACAUCCCAGUUGGAGCCGCAAUGAGGCAGUCCUCAGAGCAGAAGGGGAACAGGCCAGAGGCUGGCUGUGACAUACACAGGAAACACCUCUGCUUGCAUCUUGGCUGUGGAGACAAGAGGGGCUGUUGAUUCAGAUGGGCCUGCGGUGUCCUCUCUGCCAUUGUGCCCUGCAGGAUAGCAAGGUGCAGUCCGUGUCUGGUAAUGCCAGGGACUGCAGAGUCCUUCGCAUCUCCUGAUCACCGCAAUGUCUCUGUCACGCUGCCCCUGUUCAGUGGACUUGAUUAGUUAGGAAGCUUCUGGAAGGGACCCCUACUUAUAUCACGGAGUUUCCCCAUGGAAACACAAACUCCAAAUCAUGUGACUUUAGGAGCCACCGUGCCCCUCCAAAAACUGACGUGGCUACUCUAAGGGUUCCCACUGGGCUGGCUUUGCUACGCUUUCUUCACAUUGCUUCAUUAUUACCAGGAGGUCUCAUAGCUACAAAGUCCAAUCUCACAGCACCCAGUCUGGAAAACACUGUUCUCAGGUUUUCUCCAAGGCACCCUGCUUUCUGAUUGGUUCAGAGUUGGAAUGUGGCACGCAGGGCGUCCGGCUCACUCAAGUGUCACGUGACCCUGACUUGGGUGUGUGCAAGACAUCUUGCUGUCAAUGCUGGGGUGAGGGAGAAGCCAAGGGGGUGUUUGGGGGGGGGGUCACAGCCAUUCUGGAUUCUGACGCCCAGCCUGGAGCAGGGGCCUGGCCCAUUCUACGCUCGCACAGUGGUCUGGCAGCCUGAACCCACGCCGUUCCUCAACCCUUGACAGUGCUGAGGCUCUGUCCUGUUGGUGAUUUUGGGGUUCCCUACACCUGCAUUCAGGGCUCCCCGAGACGUCAGCUCUUCAGGUGUGGAUAUAUGACACACUAGCAUAAUAAACCUUGAUCUGGCUUGA